AUGAAACCGAAUAUUGAAAGACGUAUUAAAAAUUCAAAAUUACCAAAACAUAUUAGGAGUCGUUUAAUGAAAAUUUUAGGUCUCGUUGAAGAUACACCUAUUUUGUCUGAACGUCCUAAGGGAAUUGGUCGAUGUUAUUUGUGUGGAAGAGCAAGAAACAAAAGUACGAGAAAAUCAUGUGAACGUUGUUACAAAUGGGUGUGUCCAGAUCAUUUAAAAUAUAUUUGUAUUGGGUGUUGUGAUGAAGAACAAAGUGAAGAAUCACCUUAA